AUGAGCAAACACGCCUCCUCUGACAGGGACCCGACGAAGAGAUACCUCGAUUUCGACGACGUGCUGCCUCACGCCGGCGAGUUCGGCAAGUACCAGUGGCUCCUCUUCCUCGGCCUGGCGCCCUUCUGCCUCAAUCUGGUGCUCAUUUAUGUCGUCCACAUCUUCAUUAGUCUCCCGCCGGAGCACCACUGCGUCUUCCCUCAAGCGCUCCUGGACGCAGAUGUCUCGGAUGAGCUUAGGCGUAACCUCAGCCUCCCCUUGACCAGCGACCUGACGGGGAAGGAGCGAUGGAGCAGCUGCGAGGUAUACGACGUGGACUACGCCCAGCUCCUGCAGGAGGGCGUGACGUCCGCCAACACCUCCUGGCCGACCCGCUCCUGCGACGCCUGGACCUUCGACCUCACUACCUCAGGAAACUACGCGACUAUAGUGUCCGAUCUCUCGUGGGUGUGCAAGCGCGAGUGGUAUGCAAGUAUAUCGCAGACCGUGUUCUUCGUGGGAGCUAUCGUGGGCGGGGUUGGGACGGGAUGGGCGGCCGACAAGUAUGGCCGCGUCCGUCUGUCGCACGACUUCCUCGCCCUCCUCCUCCUGACGGCGACCGCGGGCUCCCUCGCCGAGUACCUCGUCUACAGGUUCAUCGCCGGCCUCUCCUUCGACACGAUCUUUGUGAUGAUGUAUGUCUUGGUCCUCGAGUACGUGGGUCCUCGGCGCCGCACGCUCGUGGCCAACCUGUCGAUCGCCCUCUUCUACACGGCGGGGACGGUGGCGCUGCCGUGGCUGGCCAUGUGGGUGGCCAACUGGCGUCUGCUGUGCGCCCUGUCCGCCGUGCCCAUGAUGGUGUCCUGCGUGGCGCACUGGAUCCUGCCCGAGAGCGCCCGCUGGCUCCUCUCGCAAGGCCGUGUGGAGGAGACGGUGGAGAUCCUGCAGAAGAUCGCUCGCGUCAACGGCCGCUCGAUCCCCGACCAGGUGCUCGACGACCUUCAGAGAAGCGCCAAGCAGGAAGCAGAGAGCGACGGCGGGGAACACGAGGAGGAGAAAGCAGCUUCAGUCAUCGACCUCUUCCGGACGCCCAGACUCCGAAGGACGACCAUAGCUAUCUGCUUAUUGUGGAUGCUGGUCAGUCUGACCUACGACGGACACUUGAGGAACGUCUCCAACCUUCUGGACGUGUUCCUCUCCUUCUCCGUGACUUCGGCGACGGAGCUGCCUGCAGACACCUUCCUGGUCCUGACGCUGGAUCGCUGGGGAAGACGCUGGAUGGCCUUCGGGACGCUGGGACUCUCGGGGAUCCUUAGCGUCCUCACUCUGAUCGUGGCGGACAACCCCUUAGGCAUCGCGAUCCUAGCCGUCCUGGGGCGAUUCUGCGUCAACAUAUCCUACAACAUAGGCCUCCAGUAUGCGGCCGAACUCCUGCCGACGGUGGUGCGCGCCCAGGGAGUGGCUGCGGUACACAUCAUGGGCUAUGUCGCAGCCCUCCUGUCGCCCAGCAUAGUGGAAAUGGGUAAGCGGUUCCCGCUGUUCCCCCUCGUGGUCCUGGGCGUGGCUUCGGUCCUCGGGGGCAUCGUGGCCUUAUUCCUGCCGGAGACGCUGCACAGGGACCUCCCGCAGACGCUGAGUGACGGGGAGAACUUCGGCAGAGAUCAGUCCUUCUGCUACUUCCCUUGCGUCGCCCGCGAAGCGAAGGACCGGCAUCCGACGAGCCUCGCCCAGAUAAGCCCGCAGCCUUCCUUCAUCCGCCAGCAUCCGAGGCACAGAGCAUCCUUGCGCGGAGAGACCUAUCGAUCUUCGCUCAUUCGACACCGAAAGGAGGUUCUGUACAUCCCUUCCUCGGAGUGACAGGCUCGGGGUUGAUGCUGUCGAGUUGUUUUCUUGUUU